UGAUGUCGUGUCGUUAGCGUCGAGAAGCGAAGACUUUUGCGUUAAUAGGCCUGAAAAGAAGUCCAGGAAACUGCACAUCAAUAUGAGGGGAAAUCCAUGUCUCUUGUUUGUACUGAUCCUUUCAACCAAAUGCUGGUCUGGAGAUGCACUCGAAAGCACUCCCAUCCAUGGAAGGGAACAUAUUGGUGGCAACUUGGAAGAAAUGAUGUUAGUUCUGAGGGCAACAGUGCUAGAACAUGCGAAGCAAAUCUCACAACUGAAGUCUGAAAAUGAGCAACUGUGGAAUCACAAUGAAAACCUCAGGGACGACUACAAGAAAAUGAAGUAUGACUUUGAGAACAUGAGAAAAGAGAACGAAAACCUCAAGUCUAGCUUGCAGGAACAUCUCCGGGAAAGAGAUAAACUACAGCUUCAACUGAACGUCACGGAAGGAAGACUUCAAUAUCUGGAGGCUAUUAGCCUACAAAUAACGCCCCGAACGUGUCAGACGUUGGCAGACCUGGGAGUGACACGGACAGGAGAAUACUUCGUGGAUCCUGACGGAGCGUUGAUCGGCGAUGCACCCAUCAAAGUGCUCUGUGACAUGGAGACAGAUCCAGUAUCCACGAUUGUCCUCCAUGAUUCAAUGGGGACCACUGCGAUAGAUCGAUGUGCUGAUCCUGGAUGCUACAGUCACAGCAUAAGGGCAAAGCUCCUCCCCCAGACAAUCCAGCAGAAUCCUGUUCAUCUCUUCGCCAAGCAGGAAACACUCACUCUGGAUAUUAUCUGA